GUCUGUUGUUGUUCCAAACAGUUCAAUUGGAUAAAAGUGCAUCCUAUCACCUACCUUUUUGCCUAUUUUAUUUAACCCUUCAUUCAAUCAGCCAAUCUAUAUUCAUUUAAAAUGUUGUUUCCAAUAAAUUUCGGUUGAUUGAAAUAACACCAACUCUCUCUCUAUCUCUAUCUAUCUCUGUCUCUCUCUCCAUCUAUCUGAUCCGGUGCUUUCUAAGAUUUUCCAUUCGAGAUUCUAAUCCAAAUAUUGCCAUCUUUUAAUCGUCAAAUCAAUACAUCUAAUAAUGUCGUCAUCGCAAAGCAGUAAUACUAAUGAUUAUUAUCGUCAAACAUCAUCAUCAUCCGGUGGUAUUGGUCAAGGAAAAACAAUAGUUUCUAGUUCAAGUUCAUAUCAUUACGCAACCAAUACAACAUCAUAUACAACAACAACUUCCACUUCGAAUACAUAUACAGCAGCCGCAUCAACUACACCUGGUAUUAUUCAUAGCCAACCAUAUCGUAAUUAUUUGACCGAUCGUAAUCAUUUUUAUCAUUCGGCAAGUCAACCAACAACAUUCACAACUAGUUCAUCAUCAUCAGCACGACCAACAUCAACUAUAAUCAACUCGGUACAACAAUCUACCGUUCAACAACAGGUUCCAUCUGCUCGCGACCAAUAUCAACAACAACAACAGCAACAACAAAGUAAACAUCAACAAUCACUUUUUUCUUCAUUAGGAAUUCAUAGUAAAUUGAACGGUGGUUCAAAACAAUCAUUAAAUUCUCAAUCAUCAAACAAUCAAAGAAUGGCAUCAGCUAAUAAUAAACAUCAACAUCGUUCCAAUUCUUCAUUGGCAAUCGAUGGUGGUGGUGGUGGUGGCUAUGGUGGCCCAAAAACAUCGAUCAAUAAUAUUGACGAUGAUGAUGAUGAUUACGAUCUCUAUCCACAAUCAACUUGUUCGAAAUUUCUUUAUGGACUACUGUGGCUUUUGGCACAGAUCGGUUUAUUCGGUUCGGUAGCUGCAUUGGUCUAUUGGUUUUUUAAAUAUGAUAAAGGUUUUGCCUAUCAAAAUGAUAAACGUAAAAUGUACAAUUUGCAUGCAUUUCUUAUGCUUACCGGAUUCAUCUUUGUCAACGGACAAUCCAUGUUGAUUUACAAAACAUAUUUGUGCUGUAAAAAGAUUUACAACAAAAUUGCACAUGCUUUCUUUUUUGUCAUUUCGAUUGGUUUGGUUUCGUUUGGAUUUUUGAUUGGUUUUCAGGCUCAAUCGAUCGCUUCCAGUCCGGAUCAACAAGUUCAACAUUUUUAUUCACUUCAUUCAUGGAUCGGUUUGACUGCCUGUGCUUUGUUCGCACUUCAGUUUUUGUUUGGUUUCGUCACAUUUUUGGUAUUGCUCUGUUGUGAUCGUUCAACUGCCGGAUAUAGAGCCCGAUUCCUACCGACGCAUAUUACAUUUGGUAUAGUGAUUUUUGUAUUGGCAAUUGCUGCCUGUUUGGCUGGUCUUUUACAAACAGCUCGUUCACGUUUGGCUGGACCAUCGCUUACCGAACCUGGACGAUUCGAUUAUCGUGACAUGCGAGUCGAAGAUUUCAAUAUUUUCCUUAAUGCUGGUAUUGUUAUCAAUUUGGUCGGUGCUUGUCUUAUACUAUUGGCCAUACUUAUGCCAUAUUUGGUUCUGAAUUUUGCCCGUAAUCGACCAUCAACAUUUUAUGUCAAUUAAAAAAAAUGGAACCCAUUUCUUCAUCCAUUUGAUCCAUUUAUGGAAUGCAAUCAUACUCGUCAUUUGAUCAUCAUCAUCAUUAUCAUUAUCAUCAUCCUUCAUCCUGCUAUACAUACCAUAACAGUGUUUAUCUCUUUUUCUUU